AGAUGUAGGUAAGGUUUGCAUGCUUGUAAUGAAUCUUCGGUCCAGACCGUCGUCGUCGUUGUCGUUGUCGUCGUUGUUGUUGUUGCUCACCAGGGAGAUGCCGACCGACCGACCGACCGCCCGACCGCCCGAUCGACCGAAUCGAUCUACCAACAUCCCUCUCUCAUGGCGUCGCAACCCGCGGUACAGCAAUGUAGAUGUCACCUUCUUUAGGUCUUCGCCGUGUACCUAGGUCCCGUACGGUUUUUGUUGGCGACUGUUGACUCUCGGGAAGGCCCGUUGGCGGGGGUCAGGUUACGCUCGUGGAUGGUACGGUUGGUUUUGGGUUGAUUUGGUAGGCACGGUGGUGGUAGUGGUAGGUAUGGUAUGGUAUGGUAUGGUAUGGCCGCUAGGCUGGCAUGUAGGUAACCUAGGUAUGUCAUAUCAUAUCAUGUUAUG